GAAGGGGGUGUACGCGUAUUCCGAAUUGACGCUCAGAAAUAAACAGCCUGUUUUGGAAGACGUCUGUGGAGGGAAGGGAAAGGGAUCUGCAACUGAGAUGGCUGAGGUGUCCCAGGAGGAGAAACUCCAGGCCAUCGCUGAGAAAAGGAAGAGGCAGACAGAGAUUGAAAACAAGAGGAGGCAGCUGGAUGAUGACCGACGACAACUCCAGCAUCUCAAGUCGAAGGCCCUGAGGGAGCGCUGGUUGUUAGAUGGAGCUCCGGCGGAGGAGGAGACGCAGCAGCGUCUGCAUGAGGACGAGGUGAAGACCAAACUCCUGGAGCAGAUCAUCCUCAGGCUGGAGCAAGAGAUUGAAGAACUGGAGACAGACCCUCCAGCCAAUAAGGGUGUGGCCAAAGAAAAUGGAGGCGAGAACGGAGUGGCGCAGGGCUCGGGUCAGCCCCAAGAGAGAGGUGACGGGGAUGGAGGCCACGCUGCUGGGUCCCAGUCCCCGACCAGGGCCAGCGAAGACAACCCCGUCACCCUGGUGUUCAUGGGCUACAAAACCGUGGAGGAGGAGCAGGAGUCCCGCGCGGCCACGGAGGGCGUCGACGGCAACGUCAAGGCCGAGUUGGUCAUGAUCGAGGACGGGGACGGGAAGGCCGGAGGGGAGGCGGCGGCGGCGGAGCAGGCGCCGCCCAACGGGAGCAUGGCGGAUAAAGAAAAGGCCAACGGGGGAGGAGAGGACGGAGAGAAGGAAAAGGAGAAGAAACAGACCUGCAAGUGCUGCACGGUCAUGUGAGCUAUGGGUGUGUGUGAGUGUGUGUGUGUGUGUGUGAGUGUGCGUGUGAGUUAGUACACACCUGCACCUGUGCAUGCCUGUGUGCCCUGGCAUGUGUCUGUAUUUGCAGAUGUGUGUAAGUAUGUUGGUGUGUGUGUGUGUGUGUGUG